CACUGAUCAAAGGAACUGUCAGUGUCCGCCAUUGCUGUAAGAGUGAAGGUGAAGGUGAAGAAAGCUCCCAUAUCAUUUGCAGCAACAGCACUACUCCAUCUCUAUCUCCUUCAGCAAUCAGACAAACUCUCCCCAACAUCUUCCCUCUCCCCUUCUUCAAACACCACAGCCAUCUCCACCGAUGAUUCUCCCAUACAUAGUCAUCUAGUCUGAACCAGAAUCCCCCCUUCCAGCAGCUCGAGUGACUUCCCAUGGCGAUCGAGGUGCUGGUGCUGCUGCUCGCCCUCGCCGGGGUCCUGCCAGCCGAGUCGAAGUUCAUGGUCUACAACACUUCGGCCGGCAUCGACCCUAACAAGCUCAAUGUCCACCUCGUUCCUCACACCCACGACGACGUUGGGUGGUUGAAGACCGUUGACCAGUACUACGUUGGCUCCAACAACUCGAUUCAGGGGGCGUGCGUUCAGAAUGUGUUGGAUUCUUUAGUACCUGCCCUUCUAGCUGACAAAAAUCGGAAGUUCAUAUACGUUGAGCAGGCGUUUUUCCAGCGUUGGUGGAGAGAUCAAAGUGAGACAGUUCAAAGUAUUGUCAAGCAACUGGUCCAUUCAGGUCAAUUGGAGCUCAUAAAUGGAGGUAUGUGCAUGCAUGAUGAGGCAGCACCACACUACAUUGAUAUGAUUGAUCAGACAACUCUUGGGCAUCGGUUUAUCAAGGAGGAGUUCGGUGUGACACCUAGAAUUGGCUGGCAAAUUGACCCAUUUGGUCAUUCCGCUGUGCAGGCCUAUCUACUGAGCGCAGAAGUUGGAUUUGACUCAUUAUUCUUCGGACGGAUAGACUACCAAGACCGAGCAAAGCGUAAGAACGAGAAAAGUCUUGAGGUUAUUUGGCAAGCUUCUAAGAGCCUCGGAUCGUCUGCCCAGAUUUUUGCUGGUGCAUUCCCUGAGAAUUAUGAACCGCCAAAAGGUUUCUAUUUCGAAGUUAAUGAUAACUCUCCAAUUGUUCAGGAUGACAUCAAUUUAUUCGACUAUAAUGUUCAAGAGCGAGUCAACGACUUCGUUGCUGCUGCAGUAGCACAGGCUAAUAUAACUCGGACAAAUCACAUAAUGUGGACAAUGGGGACAGAUUUCAAGUAUCAAUAUGCAUACACAUGGUUCAGGCAGAUGGAUAAACUCAUUCAUUAUGUCAACCAGGAUGGACGUGUAAAUGCACUCUACUCUACCCCAUCCAUAUACACUGAUGCAAAAUAUGCAACAAAUAGAGCCUGGCCCCUCAAAACCGGAGAUUAUUUCCCCUAUGCAGACCGUGCAAAUGCUUAUUGGACAGGAUACUUCACAAGUCGACCAGCUUUGAAACGAUAUGUCAGAAUAAUGAGUGGCUAUUAUUUGGCAGCAAGACAAUUGGAGUUCUUCAAAGGAAAGACUACCUCAGGACCCAACACUGACUCAUUGGCUGAUGCUUUAGCAAUCGCUCAACAUCAUGAUGCAGUAACUGGCACAGAAAAGCAGCAUGUUGCAAAUGACUAUGCAAAGCGCCUUGCGAUAGGCUACACAGAGGCGGAAGCAUUAGUUGCAUCUUCAUUGGCCUGCCUGGUGGAGUCAACAGCAAACAAAGAGUGUGGGAACCCAACUACAAAGUUUCAGCAGUGUCCUCUUAUGAAUAUAAGCUAUUGUCCUCCAUCAGAAACUGUCCUCUCCAACGGAAAAGACUUGGUACUAGUCGUUUACAAUCCCCUUGGUUGGAAGAGAGAGGACAUAGUUCAAAUUCCUGUAAUGACAGAUGACAUCUCUGUUCAUGAUUCUGAGGGAAAGGAUGUUGAGUCUCAGCUGAUUCCUAUUACUGAAGCAUAUCAUAAGUUAAGAAGCUACCAUGUCAAGGCAUACCUGGGUAGAAAUGCUGGCGGGACUCCAAAGUAUUGGCUUGUGUUCCCAGUAUCUGUACCAGCUCUUGGUUUUAGCACAUACUCUAUCUCACGGGCCCAAGGAACAGUUAUUAGUGCAGGUGCUAGGCCAACCAAAUCAAGUGUCUAUACAGUUCAACGAGGUGAAAAUUCUGUAGUCAAUAUUGGUCAAGGAAAUCUGAAGGUUGCAUUCUCUGCAGAAGGGAAAAUUACUCAUUAUAUAAAUAAAUGGAGAACAGAAAGUGUUGAGCAAUCGUAUAGCUUCUAUGCUGGAUCUAACGGAACUGAAAAAGAACCUCAGAAAUCCGGAGCAUAUAUCUUUCGGCCAAAUGGAAGUUUUCCGAUAAGUCCUGCAAAACAGACACCCCUGACUGUUGUGCAUGGGUCCAUUGUCGAUGAAUUGCACGAACAGAUAAAUUCAUGGAUAUAUCAGGUUACCCGGUUGAACAAGUUAAAGGAACACAUUGAAGUCGAGUUCAUAGUUGGACCCAUUCCUAUUGAUGAUGGUAUCGGAAAGGAAGUUGCUACUCAAAUUUCAACAACUGUGAAAAGCAAGAAGACUUUCUAUACGGACUCUAGUGGCCGUGAUUUUAUUGAAAGGAUUCGUGACUAUAGAACUGAUUGGAAUCUGGAAGUAAACCAACCUGCUGCUGGAAAUUAUUACCCAAUCAACCUUGGGAUCUUCAUGAAAGAUGAGGAGAAAGAGUUUUCUAUCUUGGUGGAUCGUUCGGUGGGAGGAUCAAGCUUAUCUGAUGGGCAAAUUGAGCUAAUGCUCCAUAGGAGACUGCUUCUUGAUGAUUCCAGAGGAGUUGCCGAGGCUCUAAAUGAAACAGUUUGCGUAGAAAAUAAGUGCACGGGACUCAUAAUUCAAGGGAAGUACUAUUUCCGGUUUGACCAAUUGGGAGAGGGUGCUAGGUGGCGUCGAUCAUAUGGUCAGGAGAUAUAUUCCCCGCUCUUGCUUGCCUUUGCUGAAGAGGAUAAAAAUCACUGGAGGAACUCUCGCACAACCUCGUUUUCCGGGAUUGAUUCCUCAUAUACCUUACCCGAAAAUGUUGUCAUACUAACGCUCCAGGAACUUGAUGAUGGAAAUGUCCUCCUUCGAUUGGCACAUUUAUAUGAGGUUGGAGAUCACAAAGAACUCUCCGUAAUGACUAGUGUCGAACUGAAAAAGCUGUUCCCCGGGAAGAAGAUCGGCAAGGCAACAGAGAUGAGCCUAUCGGCGAACCAAGAACGGGCGGAAAUGGAGAGCAAGAGACUUGUUUGGAAGGUAGAAGGCUCUGCGGAGGAGAAAGAAACAAAAGUCUCGAGGGGCGGGCCCGUUGACCCUGUGAAACUGGAGGUCGAGCUCGCUCCGAUGGAGAUCCGUACUUUUAUCAUCGAAUUGGUUCAACUCAACAAUCUUUUCGAUGCCUGAUGCACCAGGGAAUGUAAAAUGACACUAUCGCUACUAAGCCAUGUUUUCCCGAGCUUGAGAGAGUCCUUCUGUACUGCACUUUUCUGAAACAGUCAUGUAGAUAGCACCGAGUUCGAGCGGCGAAAAAAUAAUGCAGGCAGCACUGAGUCUCGAUCAUGUGGAUGUAACUCGAAACAACAUCGCAUAAUGUUGUUGUGUGAAUGAAAGGACCACGGCAUUCCCUUCUUCGUUGAAA